AUGGCUGCCAUGAACUCUAAUUCAAAUGUUUCGAUUGGCCCAAACGAGGAGGAAAUCCAAACAAGUCCAUCAAGGAGUACUCAUUUAGAGCAAAAUGAUGAAGUUAUUCCUGCAAUUCCAAUAUCAUUUUACCCUCCUAAUAACUAUUUCAUCCACUCUGAUGAUGAUACGGUGGAGCCAACAAAGAAGGAAAAAGAAGAUAUGUCUCCUGUUAAUGUUCCAGAAGACUCCACUGAUGAUACAAUGACUGAAACUCUACCUGCGACUCAAAGCUCAAGUUCAAAAAGAGGAAGACGACCCAAAUCACCAGCUGCAUGGAUAGUAAAUUGGGAUGUUGAAUGCAAAUUGCGACCAGAUGGUAACAGGACUGAUAAGAUUUAUCGUCAUAAGGAGAAAGGCUUUCGGUGUCGAUCUUUGCUAGAGUGCGAGAGAUACGAGAAGCAUGGCAUUCGUCCUGUGCAUGGCAGAGCGAAAGCACGAGAAAAAAUGGACAGAAGCAAUAUAUCUGAAAAUGAAACCACAGAAAUGGUCAUGGCUAGAGAGAGAAUGGAAGCACAAUCUGAGGAAGCGAUUGUUGCUCAGAGAAGAGAAGAAGCAGAAAAUAUGAAAGAAUUUGUUGAACAGUUUCUUGCAGAAGCUCAUUACAAUCAGCUUCACAUGUUCGACCCUUGA